AUGAAGUCCCUAAGCAAACAUCUCCCACACUUCACCGGCUCCUCAGACCAAAAACAAUACCACCAAGGUGUGCGCAGCACCCUAAACCCAGACGACUCCAACAUGAACACCAUGGACAACAGCAGCGACACCAAGCAACAGAAAAAACCACUAUGGGGCAUGCACAGACAAGGAAAAUCUCAGCAACAGCCCCGCAAAACGAGCACAGGCUCCUUCUCUGAUGACGAUAUAGCUGCCUUGCCGGUCGAAAAGCAGCUUGAGACUGAUUACGAUCAGACGGGUCAUUUGGUACCUGACACGGAGCAUUUUACGAGUGAGCAAGAUAUGGUUGAGGCUAGUAAUGAAGAGUUUCAUCAUCCGACGAUGUGA